AUGUCGAACGGACAAUCCGUCAACUGUCGGCUGGACGAGUGGGUGGGGAAAGAGCGCUGGCUGUAACCCAGACGGUGAAGGGAUGCGGUGAGACGGCGUGUGGAGAGAGGGAUGGGAGAGCUGUUGGAACACUGCGAGCGGAAGAUCACCGAAAACCAGAAGCGUAAACACGACGAUAUCAACCACAUCCAGAAGACAUAUGCGGAAAUGGACCCAACUACAGCAGGCAUUGAGAAGGAGCAUGAAGCUAUCACUAAAGUAAAGUAUGUAGAUGAGAUCCCGAUUGGACAUUUUGAGAUCAAUGCCUGGUACUUCUCGCCCUUCCCAGAAGACUAUGGGAAGCAGCCCAAGCUGGGGAUCUGUGAAUACUGCCUCAAGUACAUGAGAUUCGAGAAGGCCUCCAGAUACCACCUGUCUCAGUGUCAGUGCAGACAGCCUCCAGGGAAAGAGAGCUACAGGAGAAGCAUCUCAGUGUACGAGAUUGCUGGCCGAGAUCACAAAAUUUACAGGCAGAACAUUUGCCUGCUAGCAAAACUCUUCCUCGAUCACAAGACCCUGUAUGACAUGGAGCCAUUUGUCUUCGACAUCCAAACGGAAGUAGACAAGCUGGGGGCCCACAUUGUGGCAUGUUUCUCCAAAGAGAAGGAGUCCCCGGAUGGGAACAAAGCAGCCUGA